UGUUUAAUUGUUAGGAGAUGAUAGUUAGUCUUUCGGGGAGCUCUGCUGGCAGUGAAGUGAUUGAUGAACAUGUUCGCAAAUUGAUCAAAGGUCUGGAUAGAUUUUUCUGGUAAUGUUACGAACCAAGCCUGCGCAGCUUUCCUGAAAGUUGCUGGGAACUGCCUGCAUAAUAGGGCAUUCGAGGCUCCAUAUACCAUCAUUGCCAUUCUAUAUCCUUGCACGUGCUCCACUGGGUCCUGGGUUCCAUCAUACUCGGCUAGCUGCGGAGUUUUGAAGUUUGGCGGCACAGGUUCCCUGGUGAUGUCGUCUAUAAAGGCUUUUUCUACUGAAGCUGUGUGUACUGGUUCUGCAUAUCUCUGCCUACCAGCUUCUAUUUUUGCCAGAUGUUGCCGCAGCACUUCAAUUUCUUUGUAAACGCUGUCAUCAUGAAUCUGCGUUUCUGUCUUUUGUGGUCCUGCUGCCGUGAGUGUGGUUUCUUGGAUUUGUUGGCUAAUCUUCCUUUGGCUUGAAUGUGUACGAGGUAUCAUGUUCUUAUUUCGAAAAUUGUACUGAGUGAAAGCUGAGGAUGGUUGUAAGCUCGUGUCAACUGUCCACUCUGUUGAUUUUGAAGGUACGUAGCUUUCAUCUUGAUUGCUGUUUCCUUGUGCUGAAUCUUGCUCCUUUCCUUCAAGUGUCCUGGCGUCACUUCGUGAUAAACGUUCUCGCUUAGCUUCUUGUGACGAGGUAUUAGUAGCUUUUGUCAUAGAUGCUAUGGCCCGUUCGAUUGCUUUUAAACUUUGCCUUGUUUCUUCCAUGCCUUGUGUAAGUUUCUGUAUUUGUGACGCUACUGUUGAGUCUGAUGGUUUGGUUCUGUUGACAGUAUCUCUUGGAUUCGUGCUUGAUGAAGAGGAGUUGCUCAUCCUGGCUUUGCUUCUGGAACCGGGGAUGCUUCUGCUAGGAGGUGAUGAAUUUUCUGAAUUUUCCAUGUGGUAUUCGUGGAUCAAAAAGAACUCGGCCCCACGGUGGGCGCCAAAUGUUAACCGUAAAAAUAGAGUAGAUGGUGUGGAACCAAGAUCUUUAUUGAUAGAGAGAGUUUACAAUAGAGGGAGAAUUAUAGUGGAAAAUAAUCUAUCUCCUUAGGUUGAUCCUAGAGGUAUUUAUAGGAUGCUUAGAUACAGUUAUUCUAGGAAUACAAUUUUAUUUAAUUGGUGUUUGGGUAUUCUUAUUCUAGUGGGAUUUAUCUUAUUCUACUUUUGAUAGGAUUAUCUCUAAAAUGCCUCCACAUGUCCUAAUUAUCAUAGGAUUUGUUUUAGGGUAUAACAAAAUCCAAAGCAAAGG